UACUCACGUUACACUGUGAAUCAAGUGCCGAGAAGCAGUGAGUAGAUGUGGCCAUUUUAGCGAUUCACUUAUCCAGUAAAGAUGAACUCGUCUACAAAUGCUACAUAUUCCCUAGAAGAGGAAGAUUGGGAAGAGUUUAGGAACAAUGGGAUUCCGAUUUCGGUAUUUCUGGCUGUCUUGUGUGUCGUUGGAACUGUUGGAAAUGUACACGUGUUUCUGGUAUAUUUGUUAAGAUAUAAAUCAAACAUAUACAAAACAUUUAUACUGUGUUUAGCCGCUGUGGAUUUCCUUGGGUGUACAUUCUGUAUCCCAGCUUCUCUGUACAUCAUCAGACACCCUAACACGCUACAGUCUUCAGCUUUCUGCAAGAUGAGCCGUGCUCUUACCUACUUCGUGGGAGCAUACUCAUUGCUGCUUCUAGACUGUAUAGCGGUGGAACGAUAUCGGAAGGUAUGUCAAGCCACCCGUGCCCAAUUCACAUUACAAAUGACGCGUAUAGUAUGUGUCGUUGUCUGCCUUUUCGUGAUUGUGGUGAUUACUAUUCCAGUGGUUGUAAUUUAUGGCCUCAACCAGAAGACAACUAAAGCCCAUUCAUUGAUUGGAUAUGAGUGUACUGUGUUAGAACUCUAUAAGAAUUCAACCCUGAUAAAAGUAUAUAGGGGGUUUGUUUUCUUCAUUUUCGUCUUGUUGUUAAUCAUUUCAGUAGUUUUGUACACUUUGGUGGGAAGGAAGAUCUAUGCUGCUUAUAAAAACAAACACAGGAAAACAAGAACCAAGUCCUGCAUGUCGGAAUUUAAACAAAGUAGUAAUAAAUCAAUAUCGACACAAGCUUGCGGCAACAAAAAUACAGACGAAGGCGAAACGGAUGAUGUUACAAAUUCGGCGGCGCAUGUCACUUCUGAAACACACAACCAUGUUAUGACGUCAUGUCCACGUGAUCCUGACGUGAAGGACAAUCACUCCGGUGACAGGAGUCAGCAAUCCACCAUAACAGGAAACACCUAUCUAAACGCGUUGAACGAAAAGAAGAGAAAGAAGCUUGAGAGAAGCAGAAACAUAACUAUGAUUUUUUUAGUGGUGUCAAUAAUGUCCUUCGGGGGUUAUCUCCCCUACCUUCUAACCACCUUGAUCCGGAAUAUCAGCAGAUCUCUUUUCGAAAAUAUCGAGAAAAAUAACGGAGCUCUUAUCUUCUUCAUUCGUUGGAUGGUGUUCUUUAACAAUGCUAUAAACCCAAUCGUAUACGGUUUUAUGGAUAAAAAAGUCCGAAAAGAACUUUCACAUGGUUACGUUAAAAUGAUGCGUUGUUGUUUUUCGUGUAGAAAUGGCUAUUAAUCAUGGCAACAGCAUUUGUGUUAAGAAACUAUCACCACCACCAUCACCACCACCACCAUUACUACGGGAAUAUGUGAAGAUGUCCAUUCAGUUUCUUUUUCUCGGAAAUUUUGGUUGUCUUUGUAAAAGGUGAUUAUACACUAGUUUUGUGUCAUUAUUUAAGAUAUCAGAUGUUUCCAUGGCCGUUACUUGUGAAACCGCAUGGAAGCUUCUGAUUGGUCAAAAUUCAAAUAUCGGCCUAUUAAGCUUAAAUUAAUAUUAAAAAAUUCGGAGUGUAAUGUCUUUCUUUCCAAAACGAUCAAUGUAAUUGGCUUGUCAUGGUACGAAACUGCAGAUAAAUUUUGGACUACUACUUAAAAACUUCUUUAACCAAUUGCAAUUCAACUACACAAGAAUGAUAGGACUUUGUGAAGAUACGUUUUACAUUUUUGUUGAGACCACAGCUCAUCAGUCCUUGCAUCAAAUCUCAUUCAAGAAGGGUUCUGAAUUCCAACUUUGCUAUGUCGGCUGGCCAAAGUCUUCGUUUUGAAGCUGGCUCCAGUGUUGGUUUGUAACAAGUGAAUAACGAAAUAAUUUUACAAUUACUGUGUUAUCAAAACUGUUCGUGUCAUCAAAGUAAUAUUUCAUAUCAUAAUAUAAUUAAUAACUGUGUUAAAUCAUCGUACGAGAGUUUUAAUACAU